AUGGAGCAGUGGUACGGAACAGCCCCUGGUCUGCCCGUCUCGUCUUCGCCGCGCGUUGUGCACGUUCGGCCCGUGCGGCCUCAUCGACCUCGACCUACGCUGCCCGUCAAAGUCAAGAUGGAGCCCGAAAGCGACGAUGAAAAACCCAGUGCAUGGGAGAGCCCACCCAAUACGCACCAAUCGAUCAGCGGAGACAGACCACCCAGCGUGAUGUCGGUCUGUUCGGACAACGGGACGUCGUCGUCGUCAUCGUCGUCGUCGCCGGCCAGCGGAGCGGGCGAGUCGGACGGUUCGUCGCAGCAUUCGUCGGCACAACGCUCUGUGGCGUCGCCUUCGCAGCACUCGCUGUCCUCGUCGCCCCCCCGCUCGACGUCCUCCGCCGACCGGCAGCAACCGUCGCCCCCAACGCCUGCCUCCAACGCCGCCGGCACCGUUCCGCUUGUCACGCCGCUGCGCGACCUCGACUCUUUGGACGCCUGGGAGACCAGUCUGCAGGCCAACCUGCGGUACCACGGUCUGGCCGGAUUUCUCGAAGAGGGGGGCGGCGGCGACGUCAAGCCCACGCACCCGGACAGCCUUGCCUAUGCUCAAAAGCGGAAGCGGAAGGCGACAAAGGAGGAGCGCAAACGCAAACACAAGCAGAAGCGGAAGCGGGCGACGGCGGCCGGGGACAAUGUGGACGCCAGCGGUCGUCUGCCAGCGAGUCCGCGCAGCAGCCCGUCGGCGCAGAGCGAGGGCCCGCCGCCCACGCCACCCACGCCGCCCACGCCGCCCACGGAGAGCGCCACCCCAGCCGGCUACAACCCCAAAAUCAAAAACCCCCGCCACCACUACGACGCCGCCGUCGCCUUCAUGGCCCGCCGCGCGUGCCUGACAGGGCACGUCGCCGCCCUCGUCGCCCGCUUCGGCACGGCCGACCGCGCCGCCUGCGACAGCCUGGCCGCGUACCAGCACCUGCUGAUGGACACGCGCCGGCGGCUGGCGCGGCUGGGCGCCGACCCGGGCGACGGAUUUGCCGUGUGGGUGGCCCUGGCCGGCCUCAAGGACGCGCACCGGCGCUGGCACGGGACGCUGGUGGCGCAGCGGGCGCAGGGGCGGCUGGACUGGGACGGGCUGAUGGCCGCGAUGGCAGGGCGCGCCUGCCGGGAGUGA